AUGGUGGCACUUCAAAAAAUUUGUCUAGCUCCUUUAACGGGAACCUUUGAUGAACUUGGAGAAGAUUUAGAGGGACUUUUAGCAAACAAUAAAAGAUGGGCAGAUUUCAUUUCGAAGCAUCGUCCUAGCUACUUUGAGAAAAUGGCUGCAGCACAAAAACCAAAAAUUGUAUGGUUUGGUUGCUCGGAUUCUCGAGUACCCGCUGAAAUAGUCGUUCAAAUGGACCCAGGCGAAAUUUUCGUUCACAGAAAUAUAGCGAAUCAUACACAGUUUGUGCCCGUUUGGUUGUCGGAC